GCGGGCGGCCCGUUUACACGGACAAGGAGCGAAUCCGGAGUCCCCCGGUCCCGGGUAACGGGGCGGGGGCCGAGCCGGGGCCUCUCCUGCCGUCGCCUUGCGAAGAACUUUCACAGCCGCUGCCCGGGCACGAAGCCAGCCGGCCACGGUCACGUAAUGCUGCCAGUAGAGAGACCCCCGCCUACAGAUGCCUGCCAGGGUCGGUGUGACCAGUGUAAUCACGUCCCUGGGAGCCGAAGUGCGGACCUGACUGGCCGGCCCCUAGGUGGGAGAGCUGAUGGUCCCAGCGCUCAGACACAGGAGGAGGAAACCCGCACAGCUGUGCAGUGUCCUUGGCUUGCCCAGUCGCUGCCUUGGGGGCAUGGCAGCCUAGACCAGGGGUCAGCAACCUUUCAGAAGUGCUGUGCUGAGUCUCCAUUUACUCACUCUGAUUUAAGGUUUCACAUGCCAGUAAUACGUUUUAACGUUUUUCAGAAGAUCUCUUUCUAUAAGUCUAUAAUAUAUAAUUAAACUGUUGUAUGUAAAGUAAAUAAGGUUUUUAAAACGUUUAAGAAGCUUCAUCUAAAAUUAAAUUAAAAUGCAGAGCCCCUCGGACUGAUGGCCAGGACCCGGGUAGUGACUGUGUCACUGAAAAUCAGCUCACGUGCCGCCUUCGGCACACGUGCCAUAGGGUGCCUACCCCUGACCUAGAUGCUCUCCCCAGAGAUGGCGGUUUUGUAUCUAGAACCAAAAAAACGAGGAGUCCUUGUGGCACCCUACAGACUAACAAAUUUAUUUCGACAUAAGCUUUCGUGGGCUAGAACCCACUUCAUCAGAUGCAUGGAGUGAAAAAUACAGGAGCAGGUAUAAAUACUUGAAAGGAUGGGGGUGAUUUACCAAGUGUUAAAUCAGUGUAAUGAGAUAAAUCAAUUAACAGCAGGAUACCAAGGAAGGAGAAAUAACUUUUGAAGUGGUAAGUGAGUGGCCCAUUACAGACAGUUGACAGGAAGGUGUGAGUAACAGUAGGGGGAAAUUAGUAUUGGGGAAAUUAAGUUCAGGUUUUGUAAUGACCCAGCCACUCCCAGUCUUUAUUCAGACCUAAAUCGACGGUAUCUAGUUUGCAAAUUAAUUCCAGUUCUGCAGCUUCACGCUGGAGUCUGUUUUUAUUUUUUUGUUGUUGAAGAAUUGCGACUUUGAAGUCUGUUACUGGAGAUGCAGUAGACACUUGUUGGCAGCAACACCUUGCAAGAGCACCCACCGCUUACGAGCAACAUUUCCCCUGGGAACACUUUCCCUGCUGUGAGUUGUCCACUCGGUAGGUAACAGCAACGUAGCCGCUGCAUUAGAGCAACAUUUAUGACAUUGUGAUGUCACAUCCUCCGCUUACUUGCAUCGUUUUUUGGUGGCAACAUCAGACAAAAUGCCAAGCAGUUUCUCAGUGAAAGAAAAUCUAGAGAUUAUCCACAACUGUUGAGCUCUCGGGGCUCCUCAACACCAAGCUGCAGCCAAGUGGGAGUUGCACAGGUUGGCUGCUGGCAGAAUGUGGAAACGUGAGGAUAAGCACAAAGACAGACAGUCAAAUAGCUGCCGUAAGCGUCGGCAUGAAGGGAAAAGCUGCUGAUGUCGACUAGUCUGUCUUUAUAUGGUUCAAGGAAAAGAUGGCACAGGGAGUACUACUUGCUGGACCCACAGUCAAGGAAAAACCUCUUCAGUUUGCUGCUUCCCUGGGGUUGAAUGAUUUUAAGGCAAGUGACGGUCGGUUUAUGAGAUGGAAGAAAUGCUGACUAAACGGGACUUCAUUUGAAAGCGCUCUGUGACAGAGGACAUGUCAAAAAAAUGAAAAGCUGGGAGGAGGGAAAGUGUGCUUGUUGAUGCCAAUGUGGAUGGGAGUGACAGACGCCUGCUGGGUCAUUUUGAUCGGGAAGUCAAAAUGACCCAGAUGCUUUCUGAUGGAUUUCAGUAAACUUCCCUUCAAUUGUUAGUUCAGCGAAUGCCUGGAUGACAGGUGAGAUUUUCAUCAACUGGCUGAAAAAGUGGGAUUAUCAGCUUUGCUUGCCGAGCUGUAAAAUAUGCCCCUUCCUGGCUACCUGCUCUGCACACCCCCAAGGAAUGGGUCUCACUAACGUUCAACUCAAAUUCUUACCCCCUAAGGCUACAUUUUUGAUGUAGCCUAUGGCUCAAGGUGCGAUUAAGAACAUGAAGGGACAUUACUGAUCAAAAAUCGCAGACCGGAUUAUUGUUGCUCCUGCUGCGGACCCCGCACAUAUGUUCAGACAGGCCUGAAACUUGGAAAUGUGCUAGAUUGUGUUCAUCUUGGUGCUGCCACCUGGCAAGAUGUAAAGCUGACAACAAUAUCCAGUUGUUACAGGAAAGACAAAUGUGUUGCACCAGUGGAAGGUGUGCGCGACAAGGGGAUUGAAGACUGGCGACCUCCCUGAACAAUGUUUCACUUCCAGUCAACAUGGAAAAAGAGGACUUAGCAGCUGCUGGGGAUGCGGAUUUGCUCACGUUUGGAGAGCUACCCGAUGAGGAAUUACUGAGCUGCAGCUGCUGCAAGGCCAAAGAAACAAGCUUGCAUUGAUGAAACACAUAAUUGAGAAGAUAAUCAAGAGAAUGGGGACAUCCGACACACUCUGAGCGGUUGAAGGCUUUGCACACACUCUGGCACUUUUCCCAGGUAGUGGGACUUGGUGACAGGGUCUGCAGGACAUGGAGUCCCAUCUUCAAAACAAAACUGGCAGGCAUUGUGGCAUUGGCAUGGCUCGCAUUACCCUGGAGGACCUCAAUGGAUUGGACGAUGAGUCCCUUGAUGAAGAUGAGGAGCCAAUGGAUGGGGAAGAACAGAACAGGCUGUUCUCUCAUUGGGAAACAGUGGCCAGCACCCACCAAGUGACCCUUCCUCAAGAGAUGGCGGCUCCCAUCAUGCAGAUGACGCAGCACAGACAGAUGCGUGAGCCGGUGCCCUAUGUCACCCUGCUGCAGCAUGAGAAGUGCGAGGAGCGGCUGUACCCAGCGGGGAAAUGGGCCUGUGUCACCAAGGGGGAGCCGAUGUACGAACAGAGCAUCUCCAUGGGCUUCAUGAAACUCAUGCACUACAUCUGCAAGGAGAACUCCACAGGCCGCUACCUGGGCAUGACGGUGCCUGUGGUGAACGAGAUCUGCCUGAAUGAGGAGGGCACCGAGUUGCUGCGGGACGUCACCACUACCUAUUACCUCCCAGGGGAGUUCCAGCCUGACCCCCCUCUCCCCACGGACCCUGAUAUCCGCAUCGUGGAGAGACAGCCACUCCGCGUCCUGACCAGGGUUUUCUAUGGGGUGACGACGGAGGAGACGAUCCUCCGGGAGAUCCACCUUCUCUGGGAGCUGCUGGGCUCCACAGACACCGUGCUGCGGGAAAGCUACAUGGUGGCUGCCUAUGAGAACCCCAGCGUCCCUCAGCGGCGCAACGAGAUCUGGUUCAUCCGGCGGGCGGAAUGAGGGCAGCGCAGCCUGUGCUGGCCCCGGUUUCGAUGGCAGUUCUGGCUGAAGGAGAUGAAUGCACAGCCUGACGCACUGGUCGCCAUAGAGGAGCGCCGCUGCGCUGGACCCGAAGAGACCUGCUCCACACCCAGCCCCAGGAAAACCAGCAUGUGCCAAAGGGCUGGCCGGGGUCCCUCCCGCGCCUGCAGGGGGCAGUGUGGCAUCGUGCAUGGAAAGCAGCGUGCCCAAGUGGGGAGUGUGGCUGGGCACAUGGGGACUGGCUGGCCAGGCCGGGUGCUUAUGCCUGUUUGUGCCAGGGUGCUGGCCUGGGCUCGAGCUGUCCGUCCUGACUUGUUUGCAGUGGUGGGCCGGGCACCGCUGCCGUGUGUGGCUGUGGUUGAAAGAGGUCCCUUGGGUGAUGGCUGGGGUGGCACUUCCUGGGGCACUGAGCAUUCCUCCAUGUCUUGCCUGCUGCCCCCCCUUGCCAGCAGCAGGGAGGGUUUGUGCUGCAGCCUUGGGGGUGGGCCUUGCCCUGCUCAGAGCAGGGCUGUGGGACUGCAUGCCCAGGAACAGCCUGGUGGUGCUCGCAAGCAAAGCUGGGAUCCUGUAGUAGGACUCUCCUUCGUAUCUGCCCAGCUGCGUGCCCGUGGCGGGCAGCCCCUUCCUGUUGGUCGGCGCGCGCCGCGCUGCUGCUGCUGAGCCUGUGGCCCCGGCCCUGGGCUGAGCAGAGAGGGGCAGCAGCGGGUCACUGUGUGUUGUGUUGUGCAUUGAUUGGUUGGUUUCACACUCGUGUGCUGCUGGGGGAGGCUGAAAUAAAUCCAGCUCAAACCAG